AUGGAUGAAGCAGAGAAGUACCAGCAGAGACUGCAGGCCAUCGCUGAGAAGAGGAGGUUACAGGAGGAAGAAGAGCGAUUACGACGUGAGGUGGAGGAAGAAUGGCUGAAGCUGGCUCAGAGCAAGAGGAAGUCCCUGAGGGACCAGUGGCUAAUGGAUGUGCCCAACACCACGGCUGCAGACGGCCCUGGGCCUCCAGCUCCACUCUGGCCUCCAGCACAGAGAACAGAGGGGCAGGAGAAGGAGUGAGACCACCCCUCCUCCUGAAUGACCCCAAUGACUCAACCUC